AUGAACCAGUUUACGUGGAGUGCGUCGGAGGACACACCGGUGAAGCUAUCGUUUUUCAAGCAAAUAUUCACAGCGCUUGCUCAGGGCUGUGAGGCACUACUGCGAAACGAAACAGAUAUUAUAGCUCGGGUUCGUCAGUUGAACGCCGAGGUGGCGAUUGUUCAUGUGGCUGACAUGUGUUGGAUGGGAAUUGCAGAACAUUUGGGCAUAAAACACAGGGUAUGGAUGAACACCGCUUUCCUGGUCAGUCCGUUUGCGUGGUACUCAGGAACGCCAAACCCGCCUAGUUAUGUGGACAGUGGAAUAAGCUCUGAUUUCGACCACAAGCUUUUCCGUCACAGAACGAAAAACGCCAUUAUGGCAUCUGUAAUGAAUGUCGUUUUCUACUGGGUUUUGAUGCGACCAUGUCAAGCGGUUCAUCUGCAUUAUUACCCGAAGUCGCGAAAUUUAAUUCAAGUCCUCAAAGACUCACGAUUCUUUUAUGUCAACUCUUACAUAGCCGUUGAUGCGCCAAGACCCUUGACGCCGAAAAUCACAAUGGUCGGGGGCCUUACGAUGGUCAAAGCCGGCAAUUUGACAAAGGAGUGGCUGGAUAUAAUAGAUAUCUCAGGUGAACACGGCGUGGUGGUGUUCGCCUUUGGAACCGUGGCCAAUACGACGUAUAUGCCAGAAGCUUUGAAGGUGAGAAAUGUCUUACACUACAUGAAAUUUUUGGAUGCGUUUAAACGCCUACCACAACGAGUGAUCUGGAGACUUGAAGGUGAGUUUAAACCUGCUGAAAACGUGCCGAAUAUUGUCGUUAAAAAAUGGAUACCUCAGAAAACGUUGCUAGCUCAUCCAAAAAUCAAAGUUUUUAUAAGCCACGGCGGAUACAACAGUUUUACGGAAGCUACGCAUGCCGGGGUGCCCAUUAUCGCGGUGCCUCUGUUCGGCGACCAGUACCGCAAUGCAAAACGAGUAACCAGUUUGGGUAUCGGACUGAGCAUUGACCACAAAUCAGCAUCUGCGGAAGAAAUAUUCGCUGCUAUCGAUUAUGUUGUGAACAGUCGAAAGUAA